GUUUCCUCGAUUUUCUCUCCGUUCAGAUAUGGCAAACAACGCUGUGUCCUCGCAGCCCCCGCUCAAAGCGGACCCGCUUUCGGAAAUGGCGCAUUCGGAGGCGCAUUACUUCAACAGCUACAACCACCAUGGUAUCCAUGAGGAGAUGUUGAAAGAUGAAGUCCGGACCAGGAGCUAUCGCGACGCAAUAUACCAGAACGGGCACCUGUUCAAGGACAAGGUUGUCCUUGAUGUCGGAUGCGGUACAUCCAUCCUCAGCAUGUUCGCUGUGCGCGCCGGCGCAAAGCACGUCAUCGGAGUCGAUAUGUCGACCAUCAUCGAGAAGGCAAAGGAAAUCGUCGAGCGGAACGGCAUGUCGUCGAAGAUCACACUAUUACAAGGUAAGAUGGAGGAAGUGAAGCUGCCCUACGACAAGGUGGAUAUCAUAAUAUCGGAGUGGAUGGGGUAUUUCCUGCUGUAUGAGAGCAUGCUGGAUACGGUGCUGUAUGCGCGGGACAAGUACCUGAAGAAGGACGGCUUGAUCUUCCCGGACAAGGCUACCAUCUUCAUGGCGGGUAUCGAGGACGGCGAGUACAAGGAGGAGAAGAUUGGCUUCUGGGACAAUGUCUGGGGCUUCGACUACACGCCCCUCAAAGAGACCGCCAUGACCGAACCCCUCGUCGAUACCGUCGAUCUAAAAGCCGUCUGCACGGACCCGGCUUCCGUCAUAACCUUCGAUCUCUACACCGUCCAGCCCUCUGACCUCGCCUUCCACCUCCCCUACACGCUCAAAGUGCGCCGCUCCGACUUCAUCCACGCCAUCAUCGCGUGGUUUGACAUCGAGUUCUCCGCCUGCCACAAGCCGAUCCGCUUCUCCACGGGCCCGCAUACGAAAUACACGCACUGGAAACAAACCGUGUUCUAUCUGCAGGAUGUGCUGACGGUCGAGGAGGGCGAGACGAUCACGGGCGAGCUGGAGAAUAAGCCGAGUGAGAAGAAUCAUCGCGAUCUGGACAUCAAGAUCACGUAUAAGCUGAAUACAGAGGAUAUGCAUAGGCAGGCCAGCGGCGAGGGGAAGUAUAAGAUGUGCUGAUGCCGAUGUUGAGUCCGCAUCUCGAGCCGAGCGAGACGGGUCCGGAGACAUGACUGGUGGAUUUCGCAUCCGCACGCCAUUGCGGACGAGGAGGUGUUUGAUUCUCGAUUAGACCAUUUGAUGAAGCGGGUUGGCGUUCGGUCCGGCUUGGACUAGAGGCUACGAAAAGUGCUGCUCCUGUGCAAGCGGAUUGCAAAAAUAUCUAGGGUAGCAGAACACGACUUAUGAAGAAGGGACCAAGAUCACGAUUGGGAAUUCCUCCCCUAAACAAAAGCAUAAACUCUCAGCCGAUUCU